GCCAGGGCAGGGCUUGCACUCUGGCUCCUAUGAAGGACUCAUUCUGCAGUGCAAGGAGACAGCAGUGCUUCAGUAGGGAGGAGGGAGUUCAGAGCUUGUGCGGCAGUGGAGGAGUGCUCCUCUCUUGCACUGACAAGCUGAACAGACGCACUGUGUUGGUUCGACCCGUCAGCAAGCAAGAAUCUUUCAGCCACUUCUCUGGCUUUUUCCCUCCUACUGCAGCCAAGGUCCUGGAGGUCUCUCACCAGCAGCACGGCUUCCUGUCCAUCACCUACACCCAGGCUGUCACCAAAAAUGUCCGUCACAAACUCACAACCCGGCCGGAGAGACCCCCACGUAGCGGUGCUACCACCAGCAGUCAGCGGCUGACCUCAGACCCCCUGGCAGACAGCUCCCCCCAGUACCUGAGAGAGAUCCUGCUGACGGCUCAGCCCUUCGACGUGGUGCUGUCCUGCCCCUUGCUGGCUACUGUAGCGGGGGUGUUCCAGGUUACGGUGCCAAGACGCUACAGAGAGCGUGGAAAGACAGCUGGUCAACCAAUGAGAAUCCACACUCUGACCUCUCGGAGUUUACCCCUGAUGUACAUCAACACCAGCGUGAUCAGGGUCUUCUGUCCCAGUGCACGAGAAAAACUCACAGCAUCAG